AUGUCCACGUUAAAAGAAGCAGCCGAACACCACAUUCAAGCACAAAACAUCAUUGUAAUCCAUCCUGGGUCGUACUACCUUCGCAUCGGUCGUGCAUCGGAUGUGAAUCCCGUCCGAAUCCUGCACGCUAUCGCGCGUCGUCGCAAACCGGGUGGAGCAACCCACCGAGACUAUGUGCUGCCACCGGUAGUUGAGAAAAGCAAAGAGUUAUUACAGGAGCUGGAAGAUUGCCGGCUGCAGAUAACGCACACCCUACAAUCCUGUGUGCAAUCGAAUGGACAGCGUCGGUACGCUACAGCACCGCAACAAAUCGCCGCGUUCAAUAGACGUUCGCAGCCGGAAGUUGUGCCAGACAAUGACACCGAGUGGCACGAUAAGGAUGGAGGCGACGUGGUGAUAGGGGAGGAUGUGCUACUGCUCAACCCGGGCGGAGAGUAUAACGUACAUUUUCCGAUCCGACGGGGCGAACUAAAUCUGCACACCGGUGUUGGUGGUUCACUGUUUGCGAUCAUGUCCGACCUACAGACGAUCUGGGAGCAUGUGCUUCACACCCGGCUCCAUAUCAAACCGAGUGAGAUGCGACAGUAUCGAGCGGUACUUGUAAUACCGGACAUUUAUAAUCGAGCGCACUUGCGAGAGUACGUUACGCUUUUGCUGAAUCAGAUCGGAUUCGGGUGCUGUUUUUUGGUGCAGGAUCACGUAGCGGCCACGUUCGGUGCCGGACUCGGGUACGCGUGUGUAGUCGAUGUUGGUGAUGAGAAAACGUCGGUUUCGUGUGUUGAGGAUGGAAUUUCUCAUCCAAACACCCGGGUGAGGUUCGAUUAUGGUGGAGCGGACGUUACGCAGGUGUUUUACUGGUUACUGCAGAAGUGUGCCUUUCCCUACCGGGAAUGCAACGAACAAACGCCCCUAGAUGGUGUGUUGUUGCGACGGUUAAAGGAAGACUUCGGGCAUGUCAACGUGGACGUUUGUGGAUCGGUCGAAAAAUCAUUUACCGUUCAGCAUCCGGGAACGUCGAAACGGAACUACACGCUGCAAGUAGGCGACGAGGCAAUGGUUGCUCCGUUAAGUAUCUUUUUCACCGAACUGCUUGCUAUCACGGGUGCAAACCGAACCGCUCCAAAGACACAGAAAUGGUGCUCUUCACAGCCACAUCCGGAGGAUUGCUUCGAUGCAGAAUAUCUAAGAGAAACUGGGCGUCGCAAUAAGGAAAAUUUAGAACAAUCGGCCAUUGAUAGCGGAGCACUGGCAAACACGGAAGCGCCGGAUGAAGAUCUCGUGGUCGACGGGUUGGAACAGGAGCGUGAACGUGAGACGAAAGCGAAUGAUCGCGAUUAUCUGCUGCCCGGUGGACAAUUGGUAGGGUUGGACCAGGCCGUCAUUCAAAGCAUCGAGCGUUGUUCAAGCGACGAACUGAAGCGCAAAAUGUACGGCUGCAUCUUAAUCGUUGGAGGUGGGAUCAAAUUUCCCUGCAUAGGCAGCUGGUUGCAGAGUCAGCUGGCACGCAAAAUACCCGCCGGCUACCGGUCGGAGCAGAGCAUUGUUUCGAGUCCGAAAGAUAUGGAUCCGGAGAUUACCAGCUGGAAGGGUGCCGCCGUAAUGUCCUGUCUGGAAAGUGUGGUUGAACUGUGGCUUACCGAACCCGAAUGGACCCGAUAUGGGUUGCGCAUUUUGCGCGAAAAAGCCGUCUUUAUGUGGUAG